UCAGAUGAUUAAAUAGUCAGUCUUCAGAGUUACAGAGUUACAGGCAACAAGGAACAAGCAACACUAUGUUAUUUUUAAGGUACUUAAAACUCAGCCCAUUGGUAUACAAAAGCAUCAAUGCAUGUUCCCCUUCAAUAUUAGUAAGGCGGCAGCAGAAAUUCUUGUUUAGCAACAAAGCCAGUAACUUUCCUAACGUUGCAGAGCAGCCAGAGCUUAAAGUUGGAGAAGAUUUUGAAAAUAAAAAUAGACGUUUGAAACGACCACUCUCUGCGCAUCUUUCCAUUCAUAAGCUCCAAAAUAACAUGAUUCUUUCCAUGACGCAUCGAUUUACGGGCGUAAUUCUUUGCGGGAUUCCGUUUGGAUUGGCCACAGUGGGUAUCUUACUGCCGGAAUCCUAUCCGUACUAUUUGGAAAUAUUGGAAAGCAUGAAUCUCAACAGGUUUAUGAUCACGACUGGAAAAUUUCUUGUAGUCUUGCCAUUUUCAUUUCACUAUUUGAAUGGAAUCCGACAUCUUAUUUGGGAUUUGGGAUAUUGGUUAACAAUUAAGGAAGUGGAUCGGUCUGGUUACGUUGUUUUGUUGCUUGCGGUUGUCCUAUCGUUUCAUCUUCUAUUGUUAUAAUAAAAAUUACUAGACGCCCAGACCUUCUUCCCUUGAUUCUUAGUGUAACCGUUAUAAUCGAGGCGCAAGUAAUAAAAAAC